AUGGCAUCCCAAAUCCCAUCCCAGCAUCGAGCUCUCGUUGUGACCAAAGUUGGCUCAGAUCUGGAAAUCCAGACCCUUUCAACACCUAAUGCUGCUAUUGGAACCGCUGUCUGCCGUGUCCUUCAGGCUGGCGUACUAUCUUAUCAUGGAGAGAUCUACAGUGGACAGCGCCCAUAUCCUUUACCACUGCCACUCGUGGGUGGUUACAGUGCCGUUGGACGUAUCGCAGCUGUCGGGGAAGACGCAACGACUUUGACGCCGGGACAACUCGUUUGGAUUGAUUGCGUAAUUCGCGGUCGUGACGAUCCGAACAGUACAUACCUUCUGGGCAUCCACGAGGGCAUGGACGAGCGAAGCAAACAGUUGUCGCAUAAUGUGUGGCAUGAUGGAGCCUUUGCGGAAUACAUGAAGGUGCCUCUCGAGAACUGUAUCCCACUUGACGAGGGAAGAUUAUUUAAGGAACUAGGAUACACAGCCAAGGACCUGGUUUACCUCUCCCACCUUCUAGUGGCAUUUGGGGGGCUGCGAGACAUUAAGGUCGAGCCAGGUGAGACAGUGAUUGUCAGUCCAGCCACUGGUAACUUUGGCGGUGCUGGUGUCCAUGUUGUCGCUGCAAUGGGGUGUAGGGUAAUUGCCAUGGGCCGGAACGAAAAGGAGCUUGCGCGAAUCAAAGAAGUGGUAAAAAUCGGUUUACCAUCUGCCACUAUUGAAACCGUGAAAAUCACAAACGACGAAAGCAAAGAUACAGCAGCACUAAAGGCUUUUGGUACGAUUGAUGCCGUAUUGGAUGUUUCCCCACCGUUUGCAGGAGAGUCGACUCAUAUCAAGAGCGCCAUAAACGCCAUAAGACAUGAUGGGCGAAUCAGUGCGAUGGGCUUCAUCGCUCAUCCUGUCGUUGGCUGGCAGUUCGUUAACAAAAGCCUGAUGCUUAAAGGCAAGCUCAUGUACGAGAGAGAAGAUAUCCUACAAUUUGUCAAGAUGUUGGAAAGGGGUCUAUUCCCACGGGGCUCGGACUUUGUCCAGACGAUCGAAUUUGGCUUGGAUGAUUGGAAGAAGGCCUUUGAUACCGCAGCUGAGUACACCGGUAUUGGCAGGAUUGUUUCUCUGGCGCCAUAA